GCGGUGGGGGAGGGGAACUUAUAUUUCUAAAAUUAGCUCAAAUUUGCUCAAUUUGUUCUCAGUAUACAAAUUCAGAUUUAUUAACCAGUCAGCAAGAGUGUAAUAUCCUUUGAAACCACACUACUGCAAAUGUUCACAUCCUAAUUUUCUCAGGGCACACCAGCCCUUCCAAGGGUUCCCCAGAAUUAAAAUUAUUUGGCUUGAUCUUAAUUAAAGAUAUUGUGGACCACAGAAAUAGACAAAUAGCGGUUAUGAUUUGUUGGAAAAAAUAUUUUUUUCCUAAGAUUUUGGGUAGAGGAGUUCAUCCUUUGCUGGCGCAUUAGCCAAUACCUGCUGAUGGACCUCCUCAGCCUCCUGUCGAAGGCCCCCUCUUUCUGAGGCUGCCUGUAGUGUAUUCCCUCCAUGGGAUCUACUGUUCCUCACCUCCCUGACAGGCUCAAGGCUUCUGACCAUUCUGAAUCCUUGGAGCCAGAGCUGUGUCUUUGGCAAGGGUGGAGAAGAGCGCUUUGUAUUUUGUAGUAUGGGGCAGGGUCCGGGUCAGGGAGUCCCAGGCAGAGUUGCUUAGGCCCCAGGAUCUUAUCAAAGUGUUAGUGAAACCGGUUCCUUUAGUUCAUAGGCUCUCCCUCUAACCUCAAUAUUCGUCUAGAAUGGGGACCAGAGUAACCUCAGCUUCUGCUCCUCCAGAAGGCUGUUGGUGGAUUAAAUUGCUGGCUUAUUACUUUCUCAUUACAUCCCACCCAUUUCUCUGGCACACCCAGGGAUGUCUGGACUCCAGAAAUGGCAGAAUCCUGGCUCAAGCUGCGGCAGAGUUCCCCAUUGUACAAAGGUGAUACAUGUUCAUGCUAACACUGGGCAAAUGGACCCAAUGUAGAAUCCCCUAGAACCCAGCAACAGCAAGUUCACUGAUGAGUCACAGUUGAAUGACAUCCAAGAGAUAAGGGAAGAACCUCAUUGUGAAAGAGCUCAGCAGACUUCUUAGGUAAGGUGGUUCUGACUCCCUAUCAGCACCGCUUGAAGUGUUGCCCAAGGAAGGACUUAGUCAACCAACAGAUCCUGCCGGUAACCUGGUGGCUCCUGGAGCGCGCCAAAUGAGUCUACCCUCGUGGUCAGGAGGAUGAGGCUUGUUAAGAAAACUUCUCUUUAUUCUACCUUAUAGACAAGCCGUUAGCCCCUCUGGCAGGGCUGCCUGCUAGUCCCUUUGGCACUUUUGUGUGAAUUAGGAAGAAGUACCCCCUCUUCUGGAUGGACCUAGCUGGGGAUGGAGAAACAGCUUCCACAGCACGUGAGUUCUCCAGAGCAGACAGGAGAGGAAAAAGUCUGGCAUGUCAGAGCCUUCAUGACCUACCUUUUACAUAUGGGGCAAUAAGCCCAGAGAGGGGAAAGAACUUGCCCACAAUUAGUAAAUCUUUGCCCAUAUUCCUUCCCCGAUCUAGUGUGCAAUAAGCAGUCGCUUCGUGGCCCAGUAGGAGGGAGGGCUCCCUUCCCCAGGGCACAGAGCAAGCUCAAGGACUGACAAACUCAGAGGGAUCUUUCUCUCUGUGUUUUAAUUACCCAUGUCAGAGAAAGCGCCUUCAUUUCUGAGUACUCAUGAGGGGCUUUGACAAAAGGUGAGACCUAAAUGGAAGCAGAUGACUAACAAUUUCUUCAGUUCAGCCACACGAAGAGUGCAGCUUUUGUCUGCGUGGAACCGUGGUUCUCAAACAUUUGCUGUACCCCAAAAUAAAAACAGAUUGUGGGCCCCGCCCCCAGAGCUGUUGAUUCAGUGGGUCGGGGCCCGAGCACUUCAACAAGUUCCGGGGUGCUGCUAACGUGGCUGGCCUAGGGACCACACUUUGAAAACCACUGUCCUAGAAAUAUGGUCAACCCACCCUUUCCUCCCUCGCCUUCUUCAUUCUCUUCCUCCCUGUCUGCCUCUUUCUCCUUUUCUGCUUCCUCCAAUUCCUCUCUGGUCCUCUUCUCACCUUCCAAAGCAGGGUGGAGUCAGCUGGCUCUUCCAUUGACUGGGUACCUGACUCGGGCAAGUCAUCUCCCCUCUCUAGGCCCGAGGAGAGGCAUCGGCUAGACGGAGAUGCCCCUGCCCAGCUCCUCCCUCGCCAGGGCGGUUGGCCUGGGCUCCUCUGUGCAGAUGUGUUUGGAGGGAACUGCUGCGUGAAUGACAUGUCCUUCCAGCUCCCCUCCAGCUCAGAGCCUGGGAUUCUAACCUCUUCUUCCUUCCACAUCUAAGCUUUUCUCUCACCAGUUGGACAUGGCAUUUGGAGUCUUCUAGGACAAGAGGAGGGCAGGGUAGAGUUCCGAACAGCUGUGCCCGGGCCCGAGCGUUAGGCCGGGCCUCCAGCAGGGGGCGCGAGAGGGCCGGCCUAGGCGCGUCGGGUCAGCCCAGGUGUGGGGUCCGGGACCGGCGGGAGGUGACCUGCGCCCCAGGGGCGUGGAUUCCGCCCAGGCACUCCCGGCCGCACUUAAGGAGCUCGGGCCAGCGUGAGGAGGGUGCAGGGAGGAAGCCCGGCCGCUGCUGACUUCCUCGGACCUGGACCCAGCCAGGACCCAGCCAGCCCCGACGGCGCCAUGCGGGGCCGGAGCGCGGCCCUGUGGCUGCUUGUGGCUCUGCGCACCGUGCUUGGUGGCAUGGAGGUGCGGUGGUGCACUAUCUCGGACCCAGAGCAGCAGAAGUGCAGCGACAUGAGCAAGGCCUUCAGGGAAGCAGGCAUCCAGCCCUCCCUCUUCUGCGUCCAGGGCACCUCGGCCAACCACUGCAUCCAGCUCAUCGCGGCCCAGGAGGCUGACGCCAUCACUCUGGAUGGAGGAGCCAUCUAUGAGGCGGGAAAGGAGCAUGGCCUGAAGCCCGUGGUGGGCGAAGUGUACGAUCAAGAGGUUGGUACCUCCUAUUACGCCGUGGCUGUGGUCAAGAGGAGCUCCCAUGUGACCAUCAACACCCUGAAAGGUGUGAAGUCCUGCCACACAGGCAUCAAUCGGACAGUGGGCUGGAACGUGCCUGUGGGCUACCUGGUGGAGAGCGGCCGCCUCUCAGUGAUGGGCUGCGACGUACUCAAAGCUGUCAGCAACUACUUUGGGGGCAGCUGCGUCCCUGGGGCAGGAGACACCGGUUACUCUGAGUCCCUGUGUCGCCUCUGCAGGGGAGACAGCUCUGGGGAAGGUGUGUGUGACAAGAGCCCCCUGGAGCGAUACUAUGACUACAGCGGGGCCUUCCGGUGCCUGGCAGAAGGGGCGGGGGAUGUGGCGUUUGUGAAGCACAGCACGGUGCUGGAGAACACUGAUGGGAAGACACUGCCCUCCUGGGGCCAGGCCCUGCUGUCACAGGACUUCAAGCUGCUGUGCCGGGAUGGCAGCUGGGCCGACGUCACUGAGUGGAGGCAGUGCCACCUGGCCCGGGUGCCUGCUCACGCCGUGGUAGUCCGGGCUGACACAGAUGGGGGCCUCAUCUUCCGGCUGCUCAAUGAAGGCCAGCGUCUGUUCAGCCACGAGGGCAGCAGCUUCCAGAUGUUCAACUCUGAUGCCUAUGGCCAGAAGAAUUUGAUGUUCAAGGACUCCACCUCUGAGCUUGUGCCCAUUGCCACACAGACCUACGAGGCGUGGCUGGGCCACGAGUACCUGCACGCCAUGAAGGGUCUGCUCUGUGACCCCAACCGGCUGCCCCCCUACCUGCGCUGGUGUGUGCUCUCCACUCCCGAGAUCCAGAAGUGUGGAGACAUGGCUGUGGCCUUCAGCCGGCAGCAGCUCAGGCCGGAGAUCCAGUGCGUGUCAGCUGAGUCCCCCCAGCACUGCAUGGAGCAGAUCCAGGCUGGGCACAUUGACGCUGUGACGCUGAGUAGCGAGGACAUUUACAUGGCGGGGAAGACGUAUGGCCUGGUUCCUGCGGCCGGGGAGCGCUAUGCCUCGGAAGACAAGAGCAACUCAUACUUCGUGGUGGCCGUGGUGAAGCGGGACAGCUCCCAUGCCUUCACCUUAGAUGAGCUUCGAGGCAAGCGCUCCUGCCACGCCAGCUUUGGCAGCCCUGCGGGCUGGGAUAUCCCCGUGGGCGCCCUCAUUCAGAGAGGCUUCAUCAGGCCCAAGGACUGCGACGUCCUCACAGCGGUGAGCGAGUUCUUCAAUGCUAGCUGCGUGCCUGUGAACAACGCCAAGAACUACCCUUCCUCACUCUGUGCGCUUUGUGUGGGGGACGAGCAGGGCCGAAACAAGUGUGCGGGCAACAGCCAGGAGCGAUACUAUGGCUACAGUGGCGCCUUCAGGUGCCUGGUGGAGAAUGCCGGUGACGUUGCCUUCGUCAGGCACACGACUGUCUUUGACAACACAAAUGGCCACAAUUCCGAGCCCUGGGCUGAUGAGCUCAGAUCAGAAGACUACGAACUGCUGUGCCCCAAUGGGGCCCGGGCAGAGGUGUCCCAGUUUGUAGCCUGCAACCUGGCACAGAUACCACCCCAUGCUGUCAUGGUCCGGCCAGACACCAACAUCUUCACUGUGUAUGGACUGCUGGACAAGGCCCAGGAUCUGUUUGGAGAUGACUACAAUAAGAAUGGGUUCAAAAUGUUCGACUCCUCCAACUAUCAUGGCCAAGACCUGCUUUUCAAGGAUGCCACAGUCCGGGCGGUGCCUGUUGGGGAGAAAACCACCUACCGCGACUGGCUGGGGCUGGACUAUGUGGCAGCACUGGAAGGGAUGCUGUCUCAGCAGUGCUCGGGCGCAGCGGCCUCGGCCUCCGGGGCGCCCCUGCUCCCGCUGCUGUUGCCCGUCCUUGCCGCCCGCCUGCUCGCGCCCGCCCUCUGAGGCUCGGUCGCCCCGCCAGAGCCCGCGCCCUCGGAGACCCGCCGCGCCCCAGAGCUCCAGGAGCCGCGAAUUCCGCCUGGGGAGUUUCCGCGGCUGCUUCCCGCUGGAAUCCAGAAGGAAUCUCGGAAAGGCCCGGCCCGGCGCGGGCGGGAACAGGCGCCUCCCUGGGAGCCCCCCCGCCCACGGGCUCCACCUGGCGCUGCUACCUGAGGCGCCGCCCCCGUGCCCGCGCGGCCCUUCCCGCCAACCGCCGCCUCCCGCCACCUGGAGCCGCCUGGGCCGCGCCGGAGGAGGCUGGUUGCCCAGGAAACCGCUAAGCCCGGGCUUCCCGCCGCCCGAGGGGCCCGCCAGCCUCCUCCCCGCAGCCAUGCGCCCCCGUGCGCGAGGCCUCCUGGGGACGCGGUGGCCACUGAGGCACCUACACCCGGAGGCUGCAGCCAGGCCCUCCGAGGAGGCCCAGCCGCGGGCGCCAUCCGGACCCAGCUCGUGGGACAGAGGCCCCUGCUGGCGGGGGAGGGACGGAGAGAGGGAGGCCGGACCAGGGCGACUGGGAGAAACCCACCAGGGACCCCCCGCCCCCAGCUCCUCGGAGAGAAGCCUUCGCCAGUGGGACCUUGUUGGGGGCGAGAGCUCCAGUCCCUCCGACCGCCGGUGCGCUGGGAGGGAGGCAGGCCUUGGGGCAUCUCUGUGUGCUCUGCCAGGUCCCCCACAGCGGCCGCGCCAGCGCCAUCCCGAGCCAGCUGCGUCCACGGAACCCCCUCCUGAGUCUCCUCUUGGGCUCAGCCUCGGGCUCUCGCCUCCCCUACCUCCAUGGGUGCCCACCGCCCGCACCCACGUCCCAAGCCUGGCAGCAGCAGCCGCCCCAGCCUGAAGGGAUCCUGAGGCGACCCAGGCCGCGGGCUCCUGAGACCCUCUGAAGGGUUGGGCGUGGGGAGACGCCAUUCUUGUCAGAGGAGCCAGCUGCCCUGCACCUACUGGGCCCGGGACCACUUACUCCAGAGGCCCCUACUGGGCCUGGGGACCACCCGCUCCCCAUUCCCGCGCCUGCGGGAGGCAACAGAAAGAGCCUGGACAGGGCCUGUCUCUACUCCAUUUUGCCACAGUUGUCUGAGAAGCCAGAAAAAGUUUUCAGAACUGCCAGCCCUUAAAAAAAAACAAAAAAGGAAGAGAAGAAAUGGGAGCAAGCAGCCCUCGUCAGCAGACUGGGAGCGGCGUGGGCCCAGAGCUAUUUGCAUUCCGGUCUGCGGGGGCUCAGGGAUGCUGAUGACAGGCCUGGUUCCUGGUGGCUCGCCCCCACCUGUGGGCGUCGGGAAGGAUCCUUCCAUGUCUCAGCAGCAGAGGAGGCCCUGGCAGCGUCCUGGCUGUAGCCAUGCAGUCCCAAGGAGUCCCGGUCAUCUUCACCCCACUGGGAGGGGCCACAAGGACCUGGCCCUCUGCCAGCAAGCUUUGUCCCCUCUUGCUGUAGGGAGCCAGUGAUUCUCCUCCGACCUGAUGAUUGCUUGGUUUUUUUCAAAAGGGGGAUUUGGGCGGUGAGAAGUGUAUUUCUGGUGGCUACUCCAGGCUCGCGUGCUGUGAGCCAUUGAAGGUGUGGCCUGCUUGAGUGCUAUGUAAGUAACUGGAUUGUCAGGUGGCACUAGGGGGCCACUGCUGUGUCAGUGCUAAUGAAAGAUGUUGGUUUGUUUCUCAAAUAAAGCCAAACAACCCUCCACGUGCAGAGGCUUGGAUCCUGAUAGAAA